GUUGGUUUGAAGGUCUCACAGCCAUAAAGGAGGACGGAGCGGACUGAUGAGUAGUACACACGCCCUUUGGUCGAUAGUCGGAUAUCACGUCUACGCCAAAGACGGCGUAAACUGGCAUAUGCGAAACUAGCCCUCUGUAUCAGUGCUGAGAUUUCGUCGGAGAUCAACCCGUUGGGGCUGAUGGUACUUCCCAAUCGUAUAUUAUCAUGGCACGUGGUCAACAAAAAAUACAAAGUCAACAGAAAAAUGCUAAAAAGCAAGCAGAAAUGAAAAAGUCUAAUAUUGAUCAGAAGAAGGCGGCUGCUAAAGCAUUGAAUUACACAUGUCCUGUGUGUAAAACUCAAGUGCCUGAUUUGAAAACGUAUAAGCAACACUUUGAAAAUAAACAUCCUAAAAGUCCAUUGCCACAAGAAUUGAUUGAAGUGGCUGCUUAAUGCUGUUAGUUGAGUGUGUGUAGACAGACAGGAUAGGAGAAGGCAAAAUAUAAAGCAGACAGACAGACAGACAACACUGAACAGAUUUCAUUUGAACUUAUUUUCCAUGUUUUUGCAAUCUCCACCCGCCGUCAACCCCACCCCCGCAAAAAAAUACAACAAAAUUUCAUGAGAAUUGUUUGUGUGUUUGUUUGUUUUUCUAAAUGAAAAUAAUUAAAUAAAUAAAUAUAAAUAUACAUUUAGUCAUCAGUUA